CUUGGAUGAAUUGGCCACAUUGUAGAGACUUUGAGGGACUCUAGAGAACUUGUUAGAGACAUAGAAAUCCAGCCUUGUUUCGCCUUGAGAAAGCCGUUUACAAGAUGAUUGGGAAGAAGUGUUUGAUUUUCUUCGUACUGCUAGUUUUCCUGGAGACAGCUCUGAAGAUCGAAGCAGCUGCGAGUGUUAGUGUUGCAAACAACUACUUGAAUCUACGAGGAAACGCCCAUAUCCAGUUUUUAGAGCCGCAAGAGCGAGUUUGGGCUGGUCUUUCCAACGGUCGUCGUUAUCCUGUUAUUCACAGCGGUGACCGUAUCGCUCUACGAGUGAUGUACAGUAGCUACUCGACCAGGUGGAUAAGAUGCUACUCAAGCUACUGCUAUUAUUCAUCAUGUCCUGGAGACAAGAUAAUGCCCUCCACCAAAUGGUCCUCCUGUACGUAUGAGCAGUUCUACAUCCGGGGAGUCAACAAGAAUGACGGACAGACGAUCCUCAGCGGAGAUUACGUCACACUUGCGUGCGUCAGCGAAAGCUACUUCAAGGGGAACAACGCGUUCGUCUACUCGUUUCUGACCUUCCAGAUCUUCUCUCGUAACAGCGUAGACGGGCAAGACCCGAUACAGUACGGCGACACUGUAGGCUUCCGCUACCCGUACUAUAACCCUAGUUACUGGCUGUACUUUAGCGGGUCCUACCUCUAUGCCCGAUCGUGCAGCUCUAACACUAAAACUUCUUGCGCUUAUAAAGGCAAUUUGUUUGGCUUCCAGAUUUUCAAACCUUUGUAAAAUCAACCCUUGUGAAACUUCACUCAAUAUGCGAGGAAUUAAUUUGUUACCCAUAAACUUAAGUAAGAAUGAAAUGUAAUUAAUCUAUUAAUUAAUAUCCAUUAAAAUUAAGUCUAUUGAUUUUAAAAA